GCACACUCUGUACUGCCGCCUAAUUCCUGUCCGUAUCCCAAACUAAAAGGACUCGACAGCGCAACGACUAAGAAGGACGAGAACUGAACACAAGAAGCAGGACAGAGAUGACCUCGGCGUUUGCGCAGAGCUACGGGCGGAAGCUGUUCUCGAAGCACCUGGAGCAGUACCAGCCCGCGGACCCGCUCUACGAGUACUACACCACCGCCAAGGGCAAGCAGAAGCGGCGCAAGCGCGCGGCGCCGCCCGGGCUGUCCGCGCGCGACGCGAAGAUCCUCAAGUCCGUGCAGCGCCGCGCGCACUACCUCGACAAGGGCUUCCGGGUGUGCGGGAUGCGCUUCGGGUGGACGUUCGUCAUCGGCAUCGUGCCCGGCGCGGGCGACGUCGCGGACGCCGCGCUGAACUACGUGCUCGUCGUGCGCAAGGCGCAGGAGGCCGAGAUCCCCGACUGGCUGCGCACGCGCAUGCUGCUGAACAACGCGGCGUCGAUCGGGCUCGGGCUCGUCCCCAUCGCGGGCGACAUUGCGCUCGCGGCGUUCAAGGCCAACUCGCGCAACGCUGCGUUGCUGGAGGAGUUCUUGCGCAUUCGCGGGGAAGAGUUCCUGAAGGUGAAGGCGGAGCGCGAGGGAGGGGGGCAGGGGGAGGGGCCGAAGAUGAGUGAGCGGGAUCGGAGGGUGGUGAAGCCCGGUGCCGGCGCGGGGAAGGGCGAGGGGAUGGCGGCGGGGGAGGUGGCGGAUCAGGUGAAAGGGAAAGGGAAGGGGAAGAGUAAGAGCACGAAGACGCAAGGACAGGCGGAGGGCCGCUUCGUGGAGAACGUCGAGAGCGGGGCGAGUUCGCCCGGCCGGCCGGUUGCUGCGAGUGGGAGUGGCGCGGGGCCGGAGAGGAAGAAGAGUUGGUGGAGGAAGUGAUCGAGGAGAUACUGCUUGGUUUGGUUCGCUUGGUUGUUUACGUACCCUUUGUUUCUGAGUUGUGCGGAUACUGUACUUGGUGCGGACAGUUUGCUGUAGAUACCCGGUGGUGCAUUGAACAUAGUUGUGAGGCGAGAGAACUCAUCGCGUCCGAGUCGGAA